AUGUUCUCCGGUCGCACUCUCCUCCGCGCCUCCCGGGCAUCUUCGUCUUCAGCUCAGCGCCUCAUUUCUCCCCGAGCUGCUCUGGCCCCUUCGCAGAUCCGGAACUACGCAGCUCCCGCUUCUAUCGAUGCAAAACCCCCAGUCGCGGUCUACGGUCUAGACGGCACGUAUGCUACUGCCUUGUACACGGCAGCCGUGAAGACCUCCUCCCUGGACACCACCGCCAAAGCUCUCUCCGCCCUUAACGACGUCUACGUUAAAGAUGCCAAACUCGCCAGUAUCAUGAUGGCACCCACGCUUUCCUCGGAAGACAAGUCGGCUAUCGUGUCAGAGCUGCAGAAGCACACCGGGGGCGCGGACAAGGCGGAUACCGUCAAGAACUUCCUCGACACCCUUGCGGCCAACAACAGACUGGGCUUAUUGAAGGGCGUUUGCGAGAAGUUUGGAGAGCUGAUGGGUGCCGCUAGAGGAGAGGUUGAGAUGACUGUCACAAGUGCCUCGCCAUUGGACAACAAGACUCUCUCACGUCUUGAGGCCGCAGUCGCAAAGUCGGAAUACGUUGGCCAGGGCAAGAAGUUGAAGGUUACGAACAAGCUAAGCCAAAUCCAGGUCAACUCCGAUAUUUUGGGUGGUCUCGUCGUCGAAAUUGGUGACCGGACAAUCGACCUAAGUGUCUCAGCGAAGAUUUCCAAGAUGAACAAGCUGCUUACCGAUACCUUGUAA